GACGCGCUCGCAUCCACUCAUUCAAAUUUUCUAUCAAUCGCAACAAUUUGUUCUGAUUUCGCUCUCUAGCUAGUCGACAAGCUCAUAGUACUAGUAGCUCAUAGUAGCUCAUAGCUAGCUAGCAACAAGCCAUGACAAGUACAAGUACAACCAACAACUUCCACAAUGGCCAAGUGCGAGCGGACCCUGAGCACGCCAUUGUGCGUCGGCACGUGACAAGCGUGCAAUUCGGCCUUUACACCGACCAAGACGUUCGCGAUCGCAGCGUGGUGGAAGUCACAUCUCCCAUUUCCUACAUGAACGACACGCCUUUGCCUGGUGGAUUACAUGAUCCGAAAAUGGGACCUUCCAGUCAAAGCGAUCACAUGCCUUGUAGCACUUGCGCUCGUCGCUUUCAGCUUUGUCCAGGACACUUUGGAUGCAUAGAAGUCUGUGUGCCGCUCUACCAACCUCUACUAUGGAAUGAUCUGUUGUCUAUCUUGAGAAGUAUCUGUUUUCAUUGUCACAAACUCAGACACUUUAAACGAAAACUUCUUCAAGCGCACGCCAAGCUGCUUCUCAUUCUUCAUAAUCGACUUUUCGACUUCUAUUCACUCGAAAGAGAACUCGCGCAAGCCCUACUUCAGGCCGGCGAACAGGACGAACAAGACGAAAGCUCCAAACACACCAGAGCACAAGACAAACUACUCCAGGAACGAGCCGUAGAAACUCAUUGCCAAGCCAUCAUUGACGAACUCAAAGACAAACCAUUGUCAUCAAAUCAGAAAAACACCAAUGACGCUGUACGGGCAUCACUCUUUAGAGACUUCCGAAAGCAGAUCAUGGCGGAAUGGAGGGGAGUCCCGCAAUGUCGUCAUUGCAAUGCGCACAAUCCAAAAAUCAAACAGGAUCAGUCCAACAAAGUAUUCCAGAUUCCUGUCAGUGACAAAAGUCAACAAUUCAACAGUGCGCAAGGAAUUGAAAUGGUGUCGGCGUUGGAGACACUGCAGAACAAACAACAGAAGAACAAAAAUGCCAAAGACAAAGACGUCGAAUCGGACGAAGAUACCGUCAUGAGCGAGACUGAUCGGAACCCAUUCAUUGACGACGAGGCCAUGGAAGACGACGACCAUCAAAACAACAUCACUUACAGCGACGACGACGAGGAACAGGAUGGAUUCUCCAAUAAGCAAAAACAACGAAAGACAGUCACAAACAGCAACAACAGCACGGCCACGAAGACGACGACGCAAUUCUACAUGCCCCCUUCCGAAGUCAUGGCACAGCUGCAACUGCUUUGGGCCAAUCAUAGCUUGCUCUUGGACACGGUACUCUUUGCGGGACAUUCACCCACCAAGGAUCACAAACUAUCCUACAAGACAUUCUUCGUCAAUGCUAUUGCCGUGCCGCCGUCCAGAUUCAGACCACCCAUGACGGUAGGAUCCAUGGUCGCAGAACACGCACAGAACGAUUUCCUAUCCAAGGUACUCAUCGAGAAUGCGGCCGUACGACAAGAACUCUUCCUGAACAACAAUGAACCAAGAGCACACACUCAUUGGAUUCAGUUGCAGACGUAUUUCAACUGCUUUAUGGAUUCCUCCAAGGAUCCGGCCGCAAAGGGCGGAAAUCAAACACAAAACGGCAUUCGACAAUUGCUCGAAAAGAAACAGGGAAUCUUUCGAAAAAACAUGAUGGGAAAACGAGUGGAUAGUUCGUGUCGCAGUGUCAUUAGUCCCGAUCCAUACAUUGGAACCAACGAAAUUGGGAUUCCCGUAUACUUUGCGCAAAGACUCACGUACCCGACACCCGUCACGGAAUGGAAUAUGACCGAAUUACGUCGAUUGGUGGAACGGGGGCCAAAACAAUACCCAGGCGCUGUUUGGGUGGAUAUCCCAAAGCCGGACGGAAAGAAAGUACGGGUCAACUUGGACCGAAUGAACCCAGAAAAACGGCAAGCGGUCGGAGCCAUGCUGUUGACUCACGGCAAAUCUGGUGGCGGGUCGGGCAGACCUGCCGUGGUGGGACGACAAUUGCGGCAUGGCGAUGUCAUGCUAGUCAAUCGACAGCCCACACUACAUAAACCAGGAAUCAUGGCCCACCAAGUACGGAUUCUUCACGAUCCAAAUCAGAAGACCAUUCGGAUGCAUUAUGCCAAUUGCAACACCUACAAUGCCGAUUUUGAUGGAGACGAGAUGAACUGUCAUUUCCCUCAGUCGGAUGUUGCUCGAGCUGAAGCCACCUACAUUGCCCAGACAGACUUGCAGUAUAUUGUUCCCACGGACGGAUCGCCCCUUCGAGGGCUCAUCCAGGACCAUGUUUGUGGCGGAGUGAAAUUGACAACUCGAGAUACCUUUCUGAAACGAUGGGAAUACCAGCAGUUGCUUUUUGCUACAUUGGCCAGUCUCCCUAGACUCGAAGUUUUGGAAGACAAUCAAGAUAUCGAACUACUACCACCAGCAAUUCUUAAACCAGUGCCUCUGUGGACCGGAAAGCAGGUUGUCACCACGCUCUUGCUGCAUUUGUGCAAUAGCCCGCGAGGCAAGAAACAUUAUUCAAGUAAGAGCGGCAUGAAAAGACCACCUGAUAUCCCCCUUUUGCGUCAAGGUGGCCUUUCGUUGGAGCGCAGCUCCAAAAUGCCUGGAACUGCGUUUGGAGAAGAUCAUGAAGAACAUCUGGUCUUGAUUCGGGACGGAGAGCUGUUGCGUGGUAUCUUGGAUAAAUCCGCUUUUGGCGCUUCCGAUUUUUCCCUUGUCCAUGGAGUCUACGAAGCAUAUGGACCUACGAAAGCAGGAUUGUUGCUGAAUUCGCUUGGGCGGCUCUUUACGUCCUACAUUCAGUGCUUUGCAGGUCAUUCCUGCCGUGUCGAGGAUUUGAUAUUGACCCCCGAGACCGACAAGAUUCGGCGGGAUCUUGUUCAGCGUGCCUACAACGUAGGGUCCCGUGCCUGCAAGGCGUGGGCAGAUUCCGAGGGAGGCAAAGUCGCAAUCGAGUCAAUCUCCGAGAAGGAAGGCUCAAACAAACCCUUGAAGCCAGUAGAAGUCGCAUCCGCGUCAGCUAAGAUUUCCCGGCUAUUAGGAGGCGCCGAAGGAAAGCAGAAUUUUGCGGCUCUGGAUGGAUACAUGAUGUCUCAAUUGAAUCCUUUGGCCUCUGAAAUCGUCAAGAAGUGCCUGCCGAAUGGAUUGGCUGUUCCAUUCCCUGCCAAUACCUUUGGCUUAAUGACAACAACAGGGGCGAAAGGUUCCAUUGUCAAUCAGUCCCAAGUAUCCUGUGCCCUUGGCCAGCAGGCAUUGGAAGGACGGCGUGUACCUCGUUUAAACAGUGGUAGAACACUGCCUUCUUUUGCUCCCUACGAUCUAAAUCCAAGGGCCGACGGUUUUGUCAUGGAUCGCUUCCUGACAGGAGUUCGCCCUCAGGAGUACUACUUCCAUUGCAUGGCUGGCCGCGAAGGUCUAGUUGACACUGCCGUGAAAACCUCGCGUUCGGGAUAUCUUCAGCGGUGUCUUGUGAAGCACUUGGAGGAGCUGAAAGUUUGCUACGAUUUCACCGUGAGGAAUGGAGAGGGUGGGGUGGUUCAGUUCCUCUACGGGGAGGACGCUUUGGAUCCAACAAAAGCAUCCUAUUUGGACUGCACGGAUCGAUCCUUUGAGUUCAUGGCGCGCAAUCACGAUUCUAUCAAAACGCUCAACACGCAGCUACAGGGAUGCAGUAUUGACCUCGCUGCUUCUGAUCAUGAGCGAAGUGAAGCACUGACCAAGCGAAGCGACUCUUAUUUGCUGAGAGAGGGAGAAUCAGUGCUGGCAAGGAGGCUUCGAGGUGGAACUUCGUGGAAGCGUGGAGCCCUUCUGAAAGGAUGGCACGCGGCAGUGAUUACAAAGACACGCGAAGACGAGGGAUUGGUGGACUUGAAAUAUCUCAAAGACGGGCACAGAGCGAAACGGGUUCCCAUGGUCGCUGAUCUCGGUCGUUGUGGAGGAAAAUUCGAGCGUGCCUUGUCAGGUUCUUGUGUCGUUGUGAAGCCUGCUGUAGCGGAUCCUAUUCUGUCAGCGGCAGCUGGGUCAGCGUUGCGAACUCGUGGUGAUGGGAGAACUCAUUUACUUGGGUCCACGGGUGCAUGUUUGUCCGAGAGGGUCGCGGGUUCGGCCAAGGCGGUGCUAUCGUCAAAGAGGUUUAAGAAGGUACUGGAAGCCAACAACGUAUCAAGUAGUGACGUCGGGAAUGUUGUUGCCGCCAAGUAUGCAAACGCUCUUUGUGCUCCCGGCGAAGCGGUUGGGAGUAUUGCAGCUCAAUCCGUAGGCGAACCAUCCACACAAAUGACGCUCAACACAUUCCACCUCGCGGGUGCAGGAGCAAAUGUGACUUUGGGUAUCCCUCGACUUCGUGAAAUCAUUAUGACAGCAAGCAAGACCCUGAAAACACCCACAAUGUCGGUCCCACUGCAAGAAAUCGUCACUGAAGACGAGGCAACCCGACUCACUCGGUCCUUUACAAAGCUGACAUUGAUGGAACUGAUAGCUGGCCACCGAGGAGUAACCGUGAAGGAGACUCUAAGGACUGGUGAAAAUGGUCAGUGGCAGAGGGCUUAUCUGGUGACUCUCAAAUUCCACCCAGAAGAACGAAUCAAAGCUGCUUUUGGUUUGUCUUUGCAUGACAUUGCAACGUCUCUUGGGAAAUCCUUCAACACUGCAGUGAAAACUCUAAUGGUGAUGGAGCUGAAGCGAUCCAAGGCAGAGGGUGAAAUGGUCGCCGUGAAAGUUGGUGGCGGACGCAUCGCUGCUGACUUCGAUGUUGAUGCUGACGACGAAGCUGGCGAGGAGAAAGAGGAAGGGGUUGAGCUGAACACAAAGAUGGCCACAAAUGAUGAUUCGUCUGAUGACGACGACGAAUCAAGCGAUGGAAUGGGAAUUGAAGAUGGUGUAGCUGCGUCGAAAAAGAGAUCUGAAGAUGCGACUGCCUUUUACGAUGACGAUGACGACGAAUCAGAAGAAGACGAACCGCAGCCAACGGAAAUGGAUCAAGCGGAUGGCUACGAAAUCACGGAAAACCAAGAUGACGACGAGAAAGACGACACCACUACGGGCAGCAAAUCUCGUACCAUGACAGAUGGCGGUGUCAUUGUGGAUAAGUCCCGAAAUUGCCUCCAUUUGGAUCCUUUGACGUGCGGGCCCUCUGCGCGACCCCUGCUAAUGGUGGGUUUGAUUGAAAAAGUAGCAGCAAAGCAUUUGGUCAGUGCCCGCAAGAAUAUCGACCAAGCGUUUGUGAACCAGGAGGAUGGACGUGGGCGUUGCCUGCAGUUUGCAGGCGUCAAUUUUCAGGAGAUUUGGGAAUUGGACAGCUCGGUGGUUGACCAUGAUCGCCUCAUGUCGAACGACACCUGGGCCAUUCGACGCACCUACGGGGUUGAAGCUGCUCGCAACAAUAUUGUGGAGCAAAUCCGCAGCGUCUUUGGCGCUUAUGGGAUCGAAGUAGAUCCCCGGCAUUUAAGUUUGAUUGGCGACUACAUGACCAAUGAAGGCGGCUACAAACCCAUGAAUCGCAUUGGAAUGGAGCAGACCGGGUCUACGUUGCUUCAGAUGAGUUUUGAAACCACUGCCCACUUUUUGACACAAGCUGCGUGCAUUGGCAGGAAGGACAAUCUCGACAGUCCCAGUGCCAACAUUGUGCUCGGAAGGCCUAUCAAGCACGGAACUGGUGCUUUCGACGUUUUGGUCAACAGUUCAGCUUGACAAUGCGGGCGGAGCAGUGAGGAAUAGCUAACAGCCAAGGCCAUCGAAAUGAGAGCCUGUAUGGAACGUUUGUGUUAGCGCUUUGAGAGGAUUGGGUGCCUAUUAUGAUAGUGGAUAAGAAUAUUUGAGAUGGUUGCUGGCAUUGCUAUUGUGACGUUCUCACAGUAGAUGAAGAGCUAUGGCUUGCGUGGUAAAGUUGAUACUUUGUUAGAAUUGUAUUUCGUCUCCAGCCAGCAGCC